UCAAAGCAUAUCGUCCAUCUCUAGUGGAGACUGGGUGUUAAGGACAGAAUUGUUUAUAUGUGUUGUAAAUAUAUUUGUUGUAUAUUUAGUUUGUUUGCUGAAUAUAGUACAAUUUUGAAAUGGCAAGUGGGGAUAAUAAUGAUAUAUUACUCAACAGUGAGGAGUUUUCAACUCUAGAUGCUCUUUUAGCCGAAGUUGAUGAUACAGUAGUAAAAAGCCAUGAACCUCAAUUUUAUUCAAAUAGAUUAAAUAAAAUCAAUGACGAUAAUGUGGAGAAUUUCUUGCUAUGCAAGUUCAAUCAAUAUAGUGGUAAACCAAACGAUUCGCUUUCAAUUGUUAGUGACGAUAUUGAAAAGGAUGUAAAUAAUGCAAUCCAACUUGUCAAACAUACUACUAACAUUUCAAAUGAGAAAGAUGGUAUUAAUAAAAUUACUAAUGGUUGCAAAUAUAAGGAAGCAAUUUUGAAUGAAUAUGACAACAAACAAGUAUAUACGGACCCCAUUUUUGGUUUGAGAAUUAUAAAUCCUCAAAUAUCAAGUGUGUUAUUAACGGAACGAAUGGCGGGACGGAAAUUGGUUAAAUUCGAUGAAUUACCUAGACAUCUGGAGGUAAAAACUGCUUCUGAUUGGGUUAUUGCUGGCGUUUUAUUAACUAAAGAAGUGAAGUGUAGUUCAAAAAAUUCUAGUCGUUUUACAAUAUGGAAGUUGUCGGACCUUCAAGGGAAUAUGAAAGCAAUUACAAUAUUUCUGUUUCAAAAUGCUCACAAUGAAUUGUGGAAAACAUCUGCAGGAACUUGUGUUGCUAUCCUUAAUCCUUCUUUUAUCGAAAAAAAAUCAUACACUCAAGACAUAGCUAACCUUUCAAUUGAAUCAGCAAAGAAAGUAUUGAUUUUGGGCAAGUCUAAAGAUUUUGGUGUAUGCAAAGCUAAAACAAAGAACGGAAACCUAUGUACUAAUUUCAUAAAUUUGCAAGAGAGUGAUUUUUGCGUUUUUCACAUUCAAAAAGAGUUCAAAAAAGUAGCACGGCCUUUUGCUAAAGAAAAAAUUAAUCUUAAUGGAUAUCGAACAAACCAGAAUGCAUCAAAUAAAUCUGCACAUCUUGGUACCUCAAAUCUUUUACAAAAAGAUAAAUUAAGAUUGGAAUCUUUAAACAACCCGAACAACAUCAAAAUAUCCGGAAAUAUAUCUUCGAAUGCAUAUACUGUAAAAUCGAAUGUGCCAUCGGUACCCCCUAAAAGUUAUAACUAUGGAAGUGCAUCUAAAGUGGAUGCAGACGGCAAACAGCGUAAAACAGAUUUGGAACGAGUCAAAUCACUUUAUUCUUCAAUGAAUUCGUCUAAUAUAUUUUCACUACCUGAAGGGGCGAUAAAAUUUAAAGGUACAGAAACACAUCAAAUAGCCAAGCUUAAAGCUUUUGAAGUUUUAAAAAAGUGUCCAAUUGAAAAGAUUAACCCUAAUUCAAUACGGGGAACAAUAGGUGGUAAAAAACGUGCUUUGGAGGUACUUAAUGAAUUCACGGAUCCUAAACGCCGCAAAAUUGAAGAAGAACAUAACUUGCAUAUAUCAGAUAUUUUUAAAGCCGGCUCAAACCAUACAGAAUUAGUAAACAUUCGCCAAAAACAAGAGGAAGACAAAUAUUUUAAUAAGUUGGAAAAUAAAGAAGUAAUGGAGGAAAAAAUGUUAAAAACGUUUACAAUAAAUUGUAAAGCUGUUAUAUGCAAGGAAUGUAAAUAUACAGCUUUUUCUGCUGCUGACCGAUGUAAAAUAGAGAAACAUUCAUUAAAAAUAAUAGACGCUGUGAAACGAUUUUUUCAGUGCAAAGACUGUGGAAAUCGUACAAUUACUCUUUUUAAGCUUCCAAAAUUUAGUUGUUCUAAUUGCAAAGGCUCCAGGUGGGAACGUAGUGCAAUGGUACGAGAAAGAAAGCUGAAUGAUUCAUCAAUUCAACUUUCUAUAAGAGGAGACGAGGAGAAAUUUUUAGGGAGCACAAUCUCAAAAAUGAAUGUUAAUCUCCUUGUACCAUAAUAUUACUAUAUUACUGCUUUUAAUAUCAAAUGUUUCACUGAUUAAUAAAGCCUUUUUUGUGUGAAAAUUUAA